AUGGUCGAUUCUCCCCCAUCCUUCGAAAAUAUCCUGCUGGAUCAGCACCGCCAGCACCGGCGGCAGACUUCGACCUCCUCGUCGAACCACAGCUCAUUUUCGCACAACUUCAACGGUCACGGGCAGCCGCUGCAUGACGAGCCGCCAUCUAUGUCUCGGCCGGCGAGCAGCGGGUCCAUGCAUGCCCAGUUCAACGAGGCACGGCAGCGGACCAGCUCAACGGCGUCAAGCUCGUUGAGGCAUCAGCAGUUCCCGGAUCUCCGGCAGGACUCGAUGCCCUUUGAGGGGAGCACGCUCGAGAAUACUGCUCGGAAACGAAGUGGGGCUGAGAUGGAGGGAUACCAGCAGCAGCAGCAGCGGCGGCAGCAGCACAUGGGUGGACCCUCGGACUAUCCACAUCCCGGUCAACCGUACGAUCCGCUCGCCAUCUGGCAGAAUGGCGAUAAUCAGUUCGGUUUCGCCGGCCUGGAAACCAACCCCGGUCAGUAUCACGCCCCGUUAUCGGCGGGCCAGGCGACCUAUAUGGACUUCUCGACGCCGGCCGGGGACUACACGUCCGGAAUGCAAGGCGAAGCGCCUAGGAUGGACAACUACGGCUUCAAUCAAGGAGGCGGAUACGGGCAGGUCGGAGGGAUGGAGCAGGUCAAGGAGGAAUGGAUCGAUGAUAGGAUAAGCCAAAGGGGGUCUUAUGAUGGCGGAUUAGACGGGAAUGGCUUCGGUGUGGAAGCCAUGAACGGCGGAGGACAAGGGGAGGUCAAAGUGGAGGAUGUGAUGAAGGAUCUCUUGGAAUCAUUAUCCCGCUCGGUAUCUCGAGAGCCAUCACCAUCGUUCCAGGAAGCCAACUUCUUCCAGCACCAGCAGCAGCAGCAGCAGACUACGCUCUCAGCCUUCCCCGGCGACUCCUUCCCCAAUAUCAACCCCGGCUCUCGCUCUACCUCGCCCUUCCAAGCAAAUACCGCUCCCUCCCCGUCGUAUACCUCUGCCAGUAUACAGCGGCCCGGGAGCAGUCCCUCGAACCCAAAUUACAUCGGGCAGAAACCACAUUCACCACCUGCGCUCGUCAUGCCAUUCUCCACCAACGCGCCGUCGCCGGUAUCGCUCCCACCCAUCGUUACCCAGCCUUCAGCGCCCGUCGGGGAUGGCGGUCAAGGUCAGGGACACGCACUCGCGAAUCAAGCAGGGGCGGUCGGCGGUCUCUUACCACCUACAAACCCCGCUCUGCAGCAUCUAUCGGGGAUGAUGGGGAUCAGCCCGAUCGCUCCCAGUGCGGAUGGACCCCAGAUCUUCGUUCAGCCCAGUACGCCCAUUUCUGGGCUGAAGGACGGCCGUGGCCAUUUCGACGACGCGCUCCGGCGAGCGGCUCAGCAGAACCACCAUCAUCAGCAAUCGGGGACCGAUAACGGCCCACAACAGUACACUGUCCCUCUGCCAAAUCGGGGCAAUAGCGGUCCUACGCCUCAGCAGCAACAUCAGCAGCAGCAGCGCGACCAAGCGCAGCAGCAGCAGGGAAUGGACUUUGCUGGCCAGAUAGCCAUGCAAAACCCAACAGGGUGGGGCGAUCUCGGCGGUCAACUACACGGUACUCGGCCGAGAGCAAAGUCCGACUCGUACGCGCCCUCACCGACAGGCGGGCCUAGCCAGGCGGACUUUGAGCGGCAGGCAAUGGCGCAGAUCAUGGCUCAGGCGCAAGCGAUGGGUCUGGGGUCAUUUGGGCAGGACGGAGGGAUGGGGCAGGAUCCAUCACAGGGUCAAGGACAGAUGCCCAUGCCUAUGCCGGACAGCAUGGGCGCUGGAGUGGGCGGUGCGGACUGGCGAAACAAUGUCGAUUCUUGGCUCACUAGUAUGGGCCUCGAGUCGGACUUUACGGGUCUCGCUACCUCUUCCUCGCAGCCGCCGCCGGGUACAGUCAACCCGAACCAGCUCCCCGGGAAUGAUCAGGCCGAGUUCCUCCGGCAGCUGGAACAGCAACAUCAGCUGUCGCAACUCCAGGCGCAACGGGUCAAGGCGAACCCCCUUUCUGUCAAUACGCAGACGGCAUCCAAUAUCUUCAAGUACGAACCUGGCGAGUUCUCGCCUACGUCCUUGGCAUUCUACCAGGCGAGGGGGAUGCUGCCUCCCUCCGGCCAAUUCGGGUUCGGGUCGAAUUCGGCACCCUUCUAUAACACUUCUUUCCAGCCUCAGGACCCCCUGCACCAGCAACAGCAGCAGCAGCAGGACCCGUUCCGCCCGCCGUCAGCUCAGAGUAUCUAUCAGUCGGAUCCACAUUUCUUGGCGGCGACGCCGGAGAUGAUGGCUGCUGCGGGGAGACGAGUGAGCUUUGGGGAUGGGAGCGAGGGCGGGCGGGCAUCUCAUCAUGCACAGGGAGCGGGGACGCCGGGGUAUGGCAUGGGUUUCACGGGGAGAGCGACGAGUCCGUUUGGACCGAUGGGGAUGACGGGGCGAGUGAGGAGUGUGUCCCCUGGGCAGGGGCAUCGGAGGGGUGCGAAAUCGGAGGAUCUGGGCAGGGGCGGUUGGGGGCUGGGUCAUGGUGGUUCGACGACCGAGUUCCUCAACUCCAUCACCGCCAAUGACGGCUCUCUCAUCCCUCCUAUCCGAGGAGGCGGCCGCUCUCACUCGCGCCACUCGUCCGUCUCUUCCGGCCGGUCCGCUUCCCCCGCACUCUCAGUCUCGUCGCACGGCUCAUCCUUCUCCUACGCGUCCGGAUCGGGACACGGACAUAUGGACAUGCCAGACGGGAUGAAUCUGAACUUCUCGAUGCAGGGUGGCGCGUCCGGGUCGGGCUCGGGGUCGGGGUCUGGCCAGGGUGGAGAAAGAGGGGGCAAGGCGAGAUUGUCAAAGAUGAAGGUGACGAGUAUGGCUACCGAGGUGGCUGCUACGAGUCGACGGACGAAUAGUGGGAUCUUCCAGUGUCCAGUUCCGGGCUGUGGGAGUACCUUUACGCGGCAUUUCAACUUGAAGGGGCAUAUGCGUUCGCAUAAUGAUGAGCGGCCGUACAAGUGCUUGUAUGAUGGCUGUCCAAAGGCCGAAGUUGGUUUCGCCCGGCAACACGACUGCAAGCGCCACAUGCUCCUACACCAAGGACUCCGGCCGUUCGAAUGCGAAGGCUGCCACAAGAAGUUUGCCCGUCUCGACGCCUUGACGCGACACCACAAGUCCGAACAAGGCAUCGAAUGCGCGAUUGCGUUUCCCCUCCCCGUUAAUCCGGACGGGUCGGCCAUGUCUGAGAACCAGUACAAGGCGUUCAAGGCGGCUCAGGGAUUGUUGCAGCCUGAUUCGGCGGCGACGCCUGCGGGAUCGGGGCGGGGAAAGAAGGGAAGGAAGAGGACGGCGAGUGUGGGAAGCUCGGCGGGGAGGAGUGGGGAUGAGGAGGGAGGGGGGUUUGGGAGUGGGAUGGAGGAGUAUGAUCGGAUCUAG